AUGGCUGUUUAUUGUAUAAGAGCUGUUAAUAAACAGUCAGCAAUCACGGGAACGUUGUGGUAUCUGUCCAAAGGGCGACUGUACGCCUUGUGCGUAACUGUGUUUAUCGUGUCAUUCUGCCUGGUAGCACACGUGCUGUACAUGAGGUACCUGAAUGACUCCACCUUAUGCCUGGAAAGCUACCAUGAUGAUGAACCAAUUAAUGUUGACACCUUGAGAGAAAAAAUUAAGCUUCCUCAGACUAAGCGGCGUCUGCCCCAGUGUUUGAUCAUCGGCGUGCGGAAAGGCGGCACAAGGGCGUUGUUGGAGUUCCUCAACAUACACUCCAUGAUUCAGAGGUCAACGGACGAGAUCCACUUCUUCGAUAACGAAAGGAAAUAUAAUAUGGGUCUGGAGUGGUAUCGCCAGCAGAUGCCUUAUUCAUUUGCCGACCAAAUCACUGUAGAAAAGAGUCCCGCCUAUUUCAUCACCGAGGGCGCUCCCGAGCGAAUCCGAGCCAUGAACGAAAGUAUCCGACUUCUUUUAAUCGUACGCGAACCUGUAACUCGACUCAUUUCGGACUAUUCUCAAUUAGCCGCAAACAAAGCCAAAAAAGACAAAUUCAUUCGACCUUUCCAAGAUCUAGUGUUUCGAGAAGAUGGCACAGUCAACACUGAUUACCGAGCCGUAAGGGUUAGCAUGUACUCCCUGUAUAUUAAAAUGUGGCUGAGCGUCUUCCAACGGGAUCAGAUUCUAAUUAUCAACGGCGACCGAAUGAUUCGAGAUCCUUACCCGGAGAUCUAUAAAACAGAACAGUUUUUGGGCUUAGAACAUCGAAUCGGAAGGGAAAACUUCUUCUACAAUAAAACAAAAGGCUUUUACUGCGUUAGGAAUUACACUGUGGACAAGUGUCUCAACGAAAGCAAAGGCCGGAAACAUCCGCCGAUUGAUCCAGAAAUCAUUUCCAAACUGAGGCAGUUUUAUGCCCCGUUUAACCGUGAGUUUUACAAUUUAGUAAGACAAGAUUUCGGCUGGCCUGAGGACUAA